CACUCUUUAGACUAAAACAAGUCACAGCCAUGGCUGCCUCAAAAGUGAGCUUGAAGCUUCUCGUUGACACAAAAAACCACAAAGUACUCUUCGCUGAAGCUGGCAAAGACUUCGUCGAUUUCCUCUUCAACCUUCUAUCUUUGCCUGUUGGGACUGUCAUCAAGCUUCUCACAAAGCAAUCCAUGGUGGGUAGCCUUGGUAAUCUUUACGAUAGCAUCGAAAACUUGAGCGAAAUCUAUAUGCAACCCAACCAGGACAAGGACUCUGUGUUGAACCCCAAAGUUUUCGCGGCUGGAGCUCCAAUUUUUUUGCUCGAUAUUGUCUCAGUUGUGAAGACCAAGAAGUUCUACAGGUGUUCAAACUACCACAAUCACCUAUACAUUGCCGAUGAGCCGGGUGCUGUGUGUCCUAAUUGCAGGAAUUCUAUGUCCUGCGAGGUGCCCUACGUUCCACGGGCGGUGGCGAAGGACAAGGAGGUGGCGGUGGCCGGUGAUCAGGGAGGAUAUGUAAAAGGGGUGGUGACUUAUAUGGUGACGGAUGAUCUGGUGGUGCAGCCUAUUUCCACCAUUUCUAUUGUCGCUUUGCUUAAGAAGUUUAAUGUUAAGGAAGUUGGUGCUCUUGAGGAGAGGGUUGUACAUUUGGGGAUGAAAGAGGGUUUGAAGCUGCUGAAGGCAUCUUUGAAGUGUAAGAUGGUCCUCACCAGAGUCUUCGUAAUGGAGACGUUGCCCUAAUUAUGCUAAUCUUCCACCAAAGUAUGUAUAGCUAAGGCAUAAGAGUGAAUGAAGUAUAUAUAACUAAGGGUCAAAAAAAAUGGUAAAUGGUACUUUUUCUUAAAGUUUUUACAUUGUUUCUUUAAAGAUUAAAAGUCUCAAAUUCCAUUGUUAAAUUUCUUUAAAUCGUAGUAAUGUGUCUCUUUUCACAUUUUGUUAACAACUUUAUGCUCUAAAUUAGGACAAAAAGAGGCACAUUGCUUUCUUGUUAAAUGAUGAGACGACUUUUAAUCUUCUAAGAGACAAAGUGAAAAUUUCAAAAUCUUUCUAACUAGGGUAAAGUAUGAAUAGUUCUAUGCUUGAUAGUGGAAUUUGUACGAGAUAUCUGCCUAGGUUGAUUUGGGAGUGGGAAGAGCUGAACCUUUGCAAGAGAAAGGAAAAUGGGGGGAAAAAAGGGAAAAAGGAAGAAGGAAAAAGUGAAGAGAAAAGGGGAGGGUUUGUAUUGUCUGACAUGUGGGGAUGUCGGCUUUGUAUUGCCCUUUUUUUCUCAAAAGCAAUGUUGGUAAAGCUUAGUUAGGGAUCUAGUACGAAGACCUAAU